GUGUGUGUGUGUGUGUGUGUGUGUGUGUGUGUGUGUGUAGGUGAUGGGAGGUCUGGAUGGAGACAUGUUCCUCUACUAUAAGAUGCUGAUGCUUCAGGGUUUAAUCGCCGCCAGGAAACACAUGGAGAAGGUUCUGCAGAUUGUGGAGAUCAUGCAGCAAGGGUCACACCUGCCGUGUUUCCAUGGCAGCAGUACCAUCCGUGGCCUGAAGGAGCGUUUCCACAUGAGUCUGACGGAGGAGCAGCUGCAGCUGCUGGUGGAGCAGCUGGUGGAUGGAUCCAUGCGCUCCAUCACCACCAAACUGUACGACUCCUUCCAGUACGUCACCAACGGCAUCAUGUGACCACACACGUUCACCCUGUCACAGUGACCACAGGGAAACACACAUUCACCCUGUCACAGUCACAUUUGACCUGAAGAAGCACAAAGAGUUCAUCUGAGCAACAGACAGUGAUCUUCAUCAUCAUCAUCAGUGAAGAUAAACUGAUCAGCUGGUCACAUUUUUUUUUCAAUCAUUUGUUUUAAACCUUUACAAACAUUUUUAGAUUCCGGUUUAUUUUCAUUUUUAUCAUAAAGUUUCACGUUUUUUAACAGACAAACUAAAUUGAUUGUUACUAGAUUAGAUUUGUUAGCAUUAACUGACACAACUAAUGCUAACUAGCUUGUCAGUUAGCAUUAACUGACAAAACUUAAUCAGAUUUUUUGUUUUAACGACAGAAAAAAUUCAUCUUUAUGCUAAAUGUUAGCAUGUUGCUACGUAACUAAAAUGGCUUCUUUCUUCUUUUGACUGAAUGUAAACGACAUGUUUCAAAGUUUUUAAUAAAAGGAAAGAUUUUACGUGGUCAAUAUCAUUUGUUUGUUCAUAAGUGCUUUUAUUUUGACACUAAAUACUUUGAUUUCACUGAAGCAUUUCAGUAACAAAGCGACAUCUUUAUUCUGUGUCAAACUCAACUUUUCAUCAUGAAUAAAAAAUAGAAACUA